AUGAUCCCGAAAGGGUGUGUGGUGCAGGGAUUUCGCGAGGUCUUCUCACCAGACUCGGUGCGCGCCUACCGCCACUACGGUUUCUUGGUGGUGGAGAGUUUUUUGCCUCCAUCGCUUGCCCACCAGCUGACGACGACGUGCAAUACGGCGGUGCGGCAGAGGGGUGACAACAUUUUCCCCGGGCUCGACGCACAACAUCGCCAGGGCGCGACAGUCUCGUUGGCCUCGAAGCUGAGCCCACUGCAGACCCCUGGCGGCGCUGCUGAUACGGGCACCAAGCCGCUUGACCCCGCGACGCCGCUGCUGGCCUCCUCCACGUCGUUGGGGUUCGGCAAUGCACCGCUGCCGCCGGACCUGCAGAAGGAGCUCGAGACUGCCGAACGUGAUCGCCACGUUGAGACGCGGCUGAAGAAGGUGCGCAUCACGCUAAAGGGUCAACGCGCUGUCGACCGGGCGUACCGCCGUCUCACCAAGGCCCGCGCGCGCUACAAUGCCUACAGGCGCAUCCGCGAGUACGUGACGCCGGAGGAGGAGAUGGCGGGCGACAUGAGCGAGGAGCGCAUCCAGGAGCUGCAGUCCAAGUACACCUACGAGGACUUUCAACGCAGCUUCCAGCACUACCGAGACAGCGGACUCAUGGAGAAGGAGAUCCGCCGUGAUAACCACAUCAACGACGCGAUGACCUUCAUGCAAGACUGGCCACGCACGUGGUGCUGGCUGUGGCACACAUCUCCUAAGCUGAAGGCGCUGGCGGUAUCGGCUGAAGGAGCAGUGGCCCAACUGGUUGGAGAGGCUGCGGGGUGCUUGGCCGGCGAGGUGGUACUGCGGGUGUACUCUGAUAAUGCCACCGAGGCGACGUCAUUGAGUAACGCGGCUCCGCUGGGCUUUGCUGGCGCCGCCACCAACUUUGCUCAUCCACAUGCGCUGUGCGCGCAGCUGGGGCUGGAGCAGCCAAACUCGACCCACUCGGGUGCCACUACAGUGGUUGUGCCCGGUUCUCACCAUGUUGUGCGACGCAUCUCACUGGACGGGAGGGAGCUCGACCGCUUUCAGUCUAGUGGCAUCUUUGACGUCGGUUCGAUGGUGCGAGGGCUGCCAGAGGUGAGUCACCUGCCUGUCAUUGCGCUCCCUCCUCUAAGCCCUGGUGCAGCGCUAUUCUUUAACAACUACCUUCUCAUGGGGACGCAGGAGAACCUCUUCGGCGCCGCGCAGAACGUCACUGGCACUGUCGGCACAGGGCCUGUCGCACACGUAAUCAACUACGCCUUAUCUCUCAUACCGGACCGAUGUGUGUUUGAUGGGAAGGCCAACUCUUGGGCGUCGCGCGAUUCACAUGGGCCUCUGUACUCGUACAAGCGCGGGCAGCUGCUGACGGACGAUGCGGUCUUCCCAGUAAUUCACAGAGCUUUGGAUAUCGAGUAA